UAAUCGAUGCGCCCGCGCUCUGCCAGCUUAACGGAAGUUUCGGGGCGGCCGCGUGGAGGGGGUGACGCGUGGCAGGUUCCCGUUCCCAUGGUGAUGAGUGCAGCCUGUUUCCCUUCCCGUGUCUCUGGUGCUGUGCCACCGAAAGCCCACUCGGCCCGAGCCGAGUCUGAUGGCGGUGGACCAAGUUUACAGAUCGAUGGGACGGGUUGGUAGAUACCAGGUAUACCUUAUCGUCCUGAUAAACUUGCUGCAGGUUUUUGUUGCUGCCCAGGCUAUCUUUAUGACUAUAGUUGGAGCGAGGGUACCUUAUCACUGGGACUUUGAAAACAUUUCACCUGGUCCAAGCCAGAAUAACAUUUCAAUCAAUCAGAAUGAGGUGUUUAAGCACUGGCUUCACAUGGUGAAUAAGUCUGAGAUUCAAAGACAUGUGCAUUUUGAUGCUGGUUCCUCAUCUGUUAUCAGAGAGUGGUUCCUCAUUGGAGAUGCUUCAUACAAAAUUUUUUUGGCCAGUUCAGUAUAUUUCUUUGGUGUCCUGAUUGGUGUAAUCAUCUUUGGGCAACUUUCUGAUCGGUUUGGAAGGAAGAACGUUUACUUAACAGGUCUUUUUCUAGAUAUAAUACUUGGAAUUGUAAGUGGAGUCACUCCUACAUAUGAAAUCUUUGUGGUAUCCCGUUUUGGUGUUGGCAUGAUGAAUGGAGGAAUGUCAUUGGUGUCCUUUGUUCUACUCCAGGAGUAUGUGCCUGUUUCUUGUUGGGCACUAACUGGGUCACUACAGAGUGUUUCAUUUGCUGUUGGAAUUUCUCUAUAUGCAUUGCUUGGAUACUUUAUUCGACCAUGGCGGAUUUUGGCCAUUGUGCUUAAUAUUGAAGGCAUACUCAUUCUGCUCCCAUCUUUAUAUAUCCCAGAAUCUCCACAUUGGCUGUAUGCUCAAGGGCGGUGGAAUGAAGCAAAGGAUAUACUUGAGAACUUUGCAAAGAAGAAUGGUCAACAGAAGUAUUCGGUGAUUCUGAAGCCACCGACUGGAGAAAUUGAUGAUAAGUCCAGUAGUAUCCUUGAUCUUUUCCGGGAUCGAGUUCUCUUGCGGCGGACAUUGAUAAUGAUGUAUGUUUGGUUAGUAUGCAGUCUUGUAUAUUAUGGUCUGACUCUAAAUGCUGCUGACAUGGGCGGUAAUCAAUAUCUAAACGUAGCACUUUCGGGAAUAGCUGAGUUGCCUUCAUAUCCUCUAUGUUUCUUUCUGCUGAACCGCUCUUGGUCAGGUCGUAGACGGACAUUAGCAGGAUUCCUUCUCCUGGGAGGUGCAGCUUGUCUUUUUAUAAUUUUGUUGCCAGAAAAGAAAGGCUCUGGAAUAUUUUCUGUUAUCAACAGUCAAACAUUUUCUAUAAUGGGUAAACUUUCAAUAAGUGCCGCAUUUAAUGUGGUCUACGUUUACAGCUCUGAACUCUAUCCCACAUCUGUCAGGAAUGUUGGGCUGGGCAUUUGUUCAAUGUCUGCUAGAUUGGGAGGAAUCCUUGCACCUUUUCUUCCAUCACUGAAAUCUAUUCAAGCAUCAUUGCAUUUUGUUGUGUUUGGAGCCGCUGGACUGCUAGCGGGAAUCCUUAGUUUGGUGCUGCCUGAAACAUUGGACAAAUCUCUUCCAGACAAGAUCUCUGACCUGCACAUUGUCACAUAUCGCCAACUUGGAGAAGAAGUAGCCCCACUGCAGUCACAGGAAUGUAAAACGCCAAGUGAUGGGAAUCAUGCAGAAGAUCAUAAUAGUCAGAAUGAAGAGGAUGGUGAUGCUCAUGAAGAGACCACGUUGAUCAAAUAAUAUUCAAAGAUUAUUUUACAAAUCA